CGGUAAGUGUCAUAUGUGUGGGAUCGGGAGGACGCGCCCGGAAAUGUCGGCUUUUAUGACCAGUUAUUGGCUCUCAAAUGGGUUAGAGAAAACAUCCACUCAUUUGGCGGAGAUAAGGAUCGGAUCACUAUUUUUGGUCAAAGCGCCGGCAGUUGGUCGGUGUCCGCACACAUACUCUCUCCGCUAUCCAAAGGCCUAUUCAAGAGGGCUAUUAUGGAGAGCGGCGCCAAUAUGUACAACAAGUACAGGGAUGUGGUCAACAAAACUGAAGCCAUAUCUCAGGGCAAAGCAAUAGCGAAACAAUUGAAAUGCAAUGAAACCGAGGAUUGGAUACAAUGUCUGCGAAAAGCGGACGCCAGAGAUAUACUUAAAUAUGAGAACCAAGUGAUGGCUUACCCGGUGUUUGGCACAGAAUUUCUGCCCAUUUCUAGCCGACAGGCUUUUAUUGAAAAAAAGUUUAAUACAGAUAUUGAUUUAAUUGCUGGCAUAACACGAAACGAAGGAUCAGACUUUAUUAAUUACGUGGUCAAAGAUCCCACACAUAUGACACUUACCGACUUUUACACAGGUGUAAUAGCAAUGGACUUAAUUGGCUAUCACAACGUGAACGUACAGAAAGUGGCGGAACAUUAUCUGAAAGUUGUCAACACUAGCGAUAGUCUGGCACUUCGCACGGCCUUAGGCUCACUAAUAGGUGACCUAAUACUCGGUUGUCCGACAUAUCUGUUCGCCAAACGGUUCGCACAAACUGUCAAAGAGUCGCAAAGGGUUUACUUUUACGAGUUGUUGUACCGAGCUGAAUAUUUUGCCAAAAUGCUCAGUUGUACGUCGACCAUGGGCAUUUGUCACGGCGUUGAUGUUGCCUUUGUGUUUGGUUUACCAUUCAUUUAUCCCAAUGAUUACAGUCAGGAAGAUAUCGCUUACAGUAAUGUGAUAAUGAAAAUGUGGAUACAGUUUGCCACUCAUGGUCAUAUGGACUCUGAUUGGCCGCAAUUGUUAAACAAUGACCCGAUUGAUGCGCCCAAAGUCCACGGAGUAGUGAGGGGUCGGACACUACAUGUGUUGGACACAAAUGUGGAUCAGUUUGUGGGCAUUCCAUACGCCGAACCCCCGGUCGGCAAACAUAGGUUCGCAAAAUCCGAACCCAUAACUAAACCAUUUCCCGAUAUAAUCGAUGCGACAAAAGUUAAAAACUCGUGUAUGCAAAAUGCAAAUCCAAUGCCACACAUUCCGGGCACAGGUAUGAGUGAAGACUGUUUGGUGCUUAACAUAUGGACAUCAGAUGUGAAGGCAAAAAAACCAGUGAUGUUUUGGAUUCAUGGCGGAGGCCUAACAUAUGGCACCAUAUUUCAAGAGUGGUAUAACGGGAGCGCUUUGGCCACCAAUGAUGUGGUGGUUGUGUCCGUCAACUAUAGGUUAGGACCGUUUGGUUUCCUAUACGGGGAUCGGGAGGACGCGCCCGGAAAUGUCGGCUUUUAUGACCAGCUAUUGGGCCUGAAAUGGGUUAGAGAAAACAUCCACUUAUUUGGCGGAGAUAGGGAUCAGAUCACCAUUUUUGGUGAGAGCGCCGGCAGUCAGUCAGUGUCCGCACACAUACUCUCCCCACUAUCCAAAGGUUUAUUCAAGAGGGCUAUACUGGAGAGCGGCGCCCAUAUGUUCAAUAAGGACAGGGAUUUGGUCAACAAAACUGAAGGCAUAUCUCAGGGCAAAAAUAUUGCGAAACAAUUGAAAUGCAAUGAAACCGAGGAUUGGAUACAAUGUUUGCGAAGAGCGGACGCCAAAGAUAUACUCAAAUAUGCGACCAAUAUGUUUACUUUCCCUGUAUUAGGCACUGAGUUUUUGCCCAUAUCUGCCCGACAAGCAUUUGAUGAGAAAAAAUUUAAUACAGAUAUUGACUUAAUCGCUGGCAUCACCCAAAACGAGGGCAUAGGCUUUGUUCCUAUACUGGUCGCCCAUCCGGAGCACAUGACGCUCACCGACUUUCACAACGGCGUAAAAGCCAUCGAUUCUUUGGGUUUUCACAACAUAAAUAUACCAAAAGUGACGGAACAUUACCUGAAAGGUGUCAACACUAGCGAUCCGGCGGCCUUACGGACGGCUUUAGGCGCAGUAAUAGGCGAUAUAAUACUCAUAUGUCCGACAUAUCUGUUCGCCAAACGGUUCGCACAAACUGUCAAAGAGUCGCAAAGGGUUUACUUUUACGAGUUGUUGUACGCGAGUAAUAAUUUUGGUAAACAAAUGGCUUGCGAUGUAAAGACCAUGGGCAUUUGUCACGGUAUGGAUGUGCCCUUUGUGUUUGGUUUACCACUCAUUCAUCCCAAUGAUUACACCCCCGAAGAUAUCUAUUACAGUAAUGUUGUGAUAAAAAUGUGGACAAAGUUUGCCACCGAUGGUCAUAUGGACUCUGAUUGGCCGCAACUGUUGAACGAUGACCCGAGCGGUGCGCCGAAAGUCCACGGUUUGGACCCAAAGGACUUACGGCUAGUACUGAAAGACCCGUUUCAUGAAACUUGGGUAGUGAGGGGUCGGACACUACAUGUGUUGGACACAAAUGUGGACCAAUUUCUGGGCAUUCCUUACGCCGAACCCCCGGUCGGCAAACUUAGGUUCGCUAAACCCGAACCCAUUUCUAAACCAUUUGCU